AUGGUUCCUGUGUGCUGUGUGCUGCUGCUGCUCAUGCUCCACCACGGCCAUGCUGCUGACCCCAGCAUUGAGGCACAGCUGGCUGAUUGUCUGGAGGACAAAGACUACGACGACCUGCUGCAGACUCUGGAGGACGGACUCCCUCACGUAAACACUUCUCAUCAUGUUGUUAUUGUCGGAGCUGGCAUGGCGGGACUGACGGCUGCCAAACUGCUGCAAGACGCAGGACACAAGGUAACCAUAGUGGAGUCUAGUGGACGUGUUGGAGGACGAGUGGAGACCUACAGGAAUGAAGAAGAAGGCUGGUAUGCUGAACUGGGAGCCAUGAGGAUCCCAAGUUUUCACAAAAUUGUCCACUGGUUUGUCAAAACGCUGGGGGUCAAGUUGAAUAAAUUCAUCAUGGAUGACCCCAACACAUUUAUCUUUAUUAACGGGACGCUGGAGAAGACGAGCACAGUCAAAGCAAACCCUGACGUUCUGAAGUACAACGUACUGGAGAGUGAGAAAGGGAAGUCAGCUGACGAGCUGGUACAAAAAGCUCUGCAGCGGGUGAAGGAUGAAGUGGAGGCUAAUGGCUGCAGGGCUGCGCUGAUGAAAUAUGACCGUUAUUCUGUGAAGGAUUAUCUGAAAGAAGUGGGAGGCCUGAGUUCAGAAGCGUUGAGGAUGAUUGGUGACCUGUUGAACCAGCAGAGCCUCAUGUUCACAGCACUGACUGAGAUGAUCUACGACCAGGCUGACAUCAACGACCAAACUGAGUAUACAGAAGUGACUGGUGGGUCAGACCUCCUCCCAGAAGCUUUUCUCAAAGUCCUUCAUGUCCCAAUUUUCCUCAACUCCAAAGUCAAACGCAUCAGCCAGUCAGAUAAAGGUGUGAUCGUAUCGUACCAGACAGGCCAAGAGCCUCCUUUAACUGACCUUCCUGCUGACAUCGUCCUGGUAACAACCACAGCCAAAGCAGCCCUUUACAUGGACUUUGAACCAUAUCUCUCCAUCCAAAAGAUGGAUGCACUGAGGGCACUCCACUACGACAGCUCCACCAAAAUCCUCCUCACCUUCAGCCAGAAGUUCUGGGAGGACGACGGCAUCCGAGGAGGAAAGAGCAUCACCGACAGGCCCUCUCGCUUCAUCUACUACCCCAGCCACAGCUUCCCACAGAACAGAAACAUCGGCGUCCUCCUGGCUUCCUACACCUGGUCCGACGACUCCCUCCUCUUCUUAGGUGCGACUGAUGAAGACCUGAAAGAAAUGGCUCUGAAAGAUUUGGUCAAGAUCCACGGUGAGCGCGUCAGGUCUCUCUGCACAGGGGUGGUGGUGAAGAGGUGGAGCGAGGAUCCUCACAGCUUGGGGGCCUUUGCUCUCUUCACACCCUACCAGCAUUUAGAGUACUCCAAGGAGCUCUUCAGGAGUGAGGGCAGGGUGCACUUUGCUGGCGAGCACACGGCCUUCCCUCACGCGUGGAUCGAGACGUCCAUGAAAUCUGCAAUCAGAGCUGCAGCCAACAUCAACAAAGCGGCAGCAAGAGCUCACCACCAUGACGAGCUCUAGGGUGGAGUUUGAGUUAAAGGCCAAAGGUUCAUUAUAUCUAGCUAAAGCCUUUGAAAUGUAUCGUACAUCUUAAUGCUAAUAUUAAUCAAAUGCUGAUGCUUUGGGCUGGUGUACCCUGACUGUAAUAACCCAAUGACCGCAUGGUUGCUGCAGCUUUGACUCACAGGAAUAAAGCUACAACAAAACAAAUAGUUGUUGUUGUUAUUGAUUUCUAAUGAUAAAUCCAUCGGGCAAAUUCCAUAUAUGUCCAUUUGAAUGUUACAAGUUAUGGCUAUUGCUCAACAAUAUUUUCAUAUAAUGAAACCAGAUGGACGUCCCCCUGACUCCUACAUACACUUGUUUCCCCAGGUUAUUUAUCCCCAGCAUGUCUUCAGCGGCUUCUCACCACAUUAUUAAUGCUGCUGCCUGUUAACUUGUGGUUUCUCACCUUCUUCUGUCUGGACAUGAAGUCCUCACCUCUACGCUUAUGGAUCAAUUGACCAAUAAAUCACUGAAGUGUUAUUGUCUCUGUUUUGGUCCU